GAGCUGUUUAUAGUGCGCAGCGCUCUGUCAGAGAUACAGAGCUGCAGUUUCAUCUAGCUGUGGGAAGUAGUGCUUAAUAUCCUGAGAUUUUGAAUAACGCUCAAACGCAGAGAUGACAACCAUGUUCAGAUACCCCGUGUUUCCAGUCCUUCCAGGUCUGGACCAGGCAGACAUACCAGAGGGACUGUCCCGUGCGCGGAGCAUUAUGGCAGAGCCAGACUAUAUGGACGGUGAUGGCGAUGAUCUCAUUAAGCCCAAGAAACUCCUCAACCCAGUGAAGUCCUCCAGAAAUCACCAGGACCUACACAGAGAGCUCCUCAUGAACCAGAAAAGAGGCCUCGCACCGCAGAAUAAACCAGAACUCCAGAAAGUGAUGGAGAAGAGGAAGAGAGACCAGGUGCUAAAGGCUCAGAAAGAAGAGCAGGAGGCACACAAGAAAAGGUCAGACCUUGAGGUCGAGCUCAUGAAGAGACGAGAGACGCUUGAACAGCUGGAACUGGAACAAAAUAAAAAUGAAGAGGAGCAAGAAAACACCCCUGAGUUUGUCAAAAUGAAAAGCAAUCUGAGAAGAACCAAACAGGAAGUGGACGGGCAGGAGCGUGCCACCUAGAAACAGUUUCCAUGACACAUUUGUUGACAUGGCGACUGGACUGUGGUUUGUGGGGAUUUCCUGGUGUUCCUCCCCCAAGUGUCCCUGUGAAACAAGUGACUGUAGACGAACGGUUCCUGUUGCCUGCUCGCAGACGCAACCAGUAUUCACGCAGCCUCUUUUCCUGAUCAACAAUCACAAAUAAAGAGGAUUCGAAGAAUAAACAACAUGCAUACACAAAAACUUUUGCACAUGGGUGCAGCCUAUUUGCCACUGGUUGACCGGCUUCAAAGAACAUGCAUGGCAGAACAAACAGAGACCACAAAAUUACUUUGUUUUUGUUUUUUUGGAGGGGGGCACAUAUUAUUUUACUAUUUUAUUUUCAAAACCUGAAAUGGGACACUGGAUGGACUCUUUUAAGCCAAAACAAUCCUCUUUUAUUUAUGUUCAGCAUAAGCUUUUGUUCAAAAGGGCUUCUCAAAACAUUUUCUUCUUGGUUGAUGAUUACAAAAGAAUGGAAACUAAAGUUACAACAAUGCAAAUUGUGAUGCAUCAUGCUUGCUUUUUAUGAAUUGUUAUAUUUGUGCGCUCCCUCUGCUAAAUUUCAUAAGCAAUACUAGUUCUAGUUUUGUGAGAUUUCUUUGCAAAUAUUUUUGUUAUACCUUUUUUUUAAUGAUUACAUUACUAAUAAGUUAAUACACUUUAGUUCAAUGUGAUAUUAAACGCAAACGCAUGUGUUUUCUUUCACUUGAAUGGUAGUAGAAAGAGAAGAUGAGAUGUUUAUUAAUGAAGAAAAGACACAUGGUUUUGUGUAGAUUUGAGCCAAUAAAUAACCACUCCUUGUGUUCCUUUAAAACCUUCUUUUAAUAAAUAUUAUUUUAUCAUGUGGAAUUCUUUAA